GUCAUACUCAAAGUUCUGUCACUAGUGUACAAAGUGCGUUAUCAAAUCUGUACAAACAUUUGUGCAGAUUAUACAAUUAAAUGCCACUGCUCUAAUUAUUUGUAACUACACUUACUACUUUGUAACGCUCGCAGGUAAGUGAUUAACUUUGGCAAUGUGAAGUCAAAUGCGUUGUGUGAAAGUAAAGCUAUCCAGUUUGCAGCCAUGUGAAUGUAUUUUAGCCAGAGGCGACCCUACCUUUGAUCACCUGUUUUAGCUAACUAACGUUACCUAGCUAAUUAUUAUUAGCAGACACCGCAGUAAGGCUAGCUAAGCCUAUUAGUUGUCCCACUACCCUUUUACAUUAUAGCUACGUUUGUUUUUGUCAUUUUCCUGCUGCAUGGAAGCAUAUGUGGCCUAGCUUCGAUGCAACCUUGGCGGUGUCUAGACUUGACAGUCAUGCAUCUACAACUACAUUUAAAUGUGUCCGGAUUCCUUAUUCUUGCGGUAUAUUCAAAUGCCAGCAUGUAUUCUGCAAACAGUGGAAUAGGCAAAAUAUGAUAAUACAACAACAACGGAUGGCUGUAACUAGCAAGCAACGCUAAAGGGAUAGUAAACGGGUUAGCGUAAGUCUAGACCAAAAAAAUAAAAACUUCCUAAAUAUUCGGUAGCUGUCUAGCAUUUAUGAGGCCAGCAAACACGCUAGGAAGGUAUUUCCUCCAACGGUAGAAUGAAAAGGUGCCUCGGUCCCAAAACACGUUUUCUGGAGACUUGUGGGAGGAGUGGUGUUGACGUCGCCCACUGGAUGCGCUUUCCGUAGACUGAUUGCGUCCAGACUGAGGAGAAAUCCGCACACAAUGCAGCCCUGCCAGAUCUGAACACAAUUAGACCCGUCUUUUCUAUGCGAUCUUCGUAUUCUGAUAGCAGAAGUCGCAUGUUAAUGUCAAGUGUAGACACGAGACAAUGUCGAAAGUCUCUAGGUUCAGGUUGCAUCGAAGCUAAUGUGGCUGUACUUGAACUUUUCAAAUGUCUCAAUGUGCCUUGGCAUGUCAACUAUCUUGAUCGCUAGGAUUGUCCUUUACAUUUAAUAAAGAUUGUGUGACCAGAAAUGACAAUGAUUACACCCCUGUUGUGACCUUUUUUCUUUGCGUUCCUUCUCCGUAGCAUCAAUGUCAGUAGCGGACUCUAAACCAAACCUCAGCCAUCUACAGGUGUCAGAGCUCGUGAAGAGGCUCUUUGGCUUGACGCCGUCCCAGAUUCACCCGCUGCCCAGCUACGAUGACCAGAACUUCCACUUGGUGGUCAGUGAGGGCAGCGAGUACGUCCUGAAGGUCAUGAACUCUGCGGACAGUCAGAACCCCACUCUGCUGGAGCUGCAGACUCACGCCAUGACCUUCCUGCACCAGAGGGGGAUUCCUGCCCAGACCGUCCUCCCUACCACCUCAGGACAAGUCAUGAGCCUGGAGGACAUCGGUAUGUAUGAAGCCUGCACAACACCGAGUCAUGGGAUAUGCUCUGGGAAUCAACAGAUGCUACAGUAUGAUCAUGGUAUAAUUGCAUGAAAGACCUAUUAACAAGAGACUAGCUGUCCUGAGUCUAGUCCUCGAGUGGAGACCAGAAACCAGUGUCUGCUGGUUUUCUCUUCUCCCUGAUACUUAGUUAGUCAAUAUAUUUAGUAGAAAUGGGCACCUAUAGGGGCAUUCCAUACCAGAGUUGCGCAAAGAUAUUGAUUAUGUUUUGGAUCUUCCAGAAAUUAAAUCCAUCGAAAUGAAACCCAAAGGACCUUUCAAUGGAUUUCAUUUAAAUGAAUCUGAAUCCAAUUGAGCACAUCUGGGACAUCAUGUCUCGCCCAUCCACCAACGCCACAUUGCACCACAGACUGUCCAGGAGUUGGCGGAUGCUUUAGUCCAGGUCUGGGAGGAGAUCCCUCAGGAGACCAUCCGCCACCUCAUCAGGAGCAUGCCCAGGCGUUGUAGGGAGGUCAUACAGGCACGUGGAGGCCACACACACUACUGAGCCUCAUUUUGACUUGUUUUAAGGACAUUACAUCAAAGUUGGAUCAGCCUGUAGUGUGGUUUUCCACUUAAAUUUUGAGUGUGACUCCAAAUCCAGACCUCCAUGGGUUGAUAAAUUUGAUUUCCAUUGAUAAUUUUUGUGUGAUUUUGUUGUCAGCACAUUCAACUAUGUAAAGAAAAAAGUAUUUAAUAAGAUUAUUUCAUUCAUUCAGAUCUAGGAUGUGUUAUUUUAGUGUUCCCUUUAUUUUUUUGAGCAGUGUGUAUAUAUAUAUAUUGCCUUCAGAAUGUAUUCACACCCCUUGACUUUUUCCACAAUUUGUUGUUACAGCCUGAAUUUAAAAAGGAUUACAUUGAGAUUUAUUGUCACUAGCCUACACACAAUACCCCAUCAAAGUGGAAUUAUGUUUUUUGACAUUUUUACUGAUUAAUUAAAAAUGAAAGGCUGAAAUGUCUUGAGUCAUUGAUAAUUCAACACAUUUGUUAUGGCAAGCCUAAAUAAGUUGAGGAGUAAAAAUGUGCUUAACAAGUCACAUAAAUUGCAUGGACUCACUCUGUGUGCAAUAAUAGUGUUUAACAUGAUUUUUAAAUGACUACCUCAUCUCUGUAACCCACACAUACAAUUAUCUGUAAGGUCCCUCAGUCGAGCAGUGAAUUUCAACCACAAAGACCAGCAAUGUUUUCCAAUGCCUCGCAAAGAAGGGCACCUAUUGGUAGAUUCAAAAAGCAGACAUUGAAUAUCCCUUUGAGCAUGAUGAAAUUAUUAAUUACACUUUGGAUGGUGUAUCAAUACACCCAGUCACUACAAAGAUACAAGCGUCCUUCCUAACUCAGUUGCUGGAGAGGAAGGAAACCGCUCAGGGAUUUCACCAGGAGUAAUGUGACUUUAAAACAGUUACAGAGUUUAAUGGCUGUGAUAGGACAAAACUGAGGAUGGAUCAACAACAUUGUUGUUACUCCACAAUACUAACCUAAUUGACAUAGGAGAAAGAAGGAAGCCUGUAUAGAAUACUAAUAUUCCAAAACAUGUGUCCUGUUUGCAACCAGGCACUAAAGUAAUACUGCAAAAAAAUGUGGCAAAGCAAUUAACUUUCUGUCCUGAAUACAAAGUGUUAUGUUUGGGGCAAAUCCAAUACAACACCUUACUGAGUGAGUACCACUCUCCAUAUUUUCAAGCAUAGUGGUGGCUGCAUCAUGUUAUGGGUAUGCUUGUAAUCGUUGAGGAAUAGGGAGUUUUUCAGGAUAAAAAAAUUAAUGGAAUGGAGCUAAGCACAGGCUAAAUCCUAGAGGAAAACCUGGUUCAGUCUGCUUUCCACCAGACACUGGGAGAUGAAUUCACCUUUCAGCAGGACAAUAACCUAAAACACAAGGCCAAAUCUACACUGGAGUUGCUUACCAAGAAGACAGUGAAUGUUCCUGAGUGGCCUAUUUUACAGAUUUGACGUAAAUCUAUGGAAAGACCUGAAAAUGGUUGUCUAGCAUUGAUCAACAACCAAUUUGACAGAGCUUGAAGAAUUUUGAAAAUAAUAAUGGGCAAAUGUUACACAAUCCAGGUGUGGAAAGCUCUUAGAGACUUACCCAGAAAGACUCACAGCUGUAAUCGCUGCCAAAGGUGCUUCUACAAAGUAUUGACUCAGGGGUGUGAAUAUUUAUGUAAAUUAGAUAUUGCUGUAUUUCAUUUUCUAUACAUUUGCUAACAUUUUAAAAAACAUGUUUUCACUUUGUCAUUCUGUAUUGUGUGUAAAUGGUUAUGAAAAAAAAUCAAUUUAAUCAAUUUUGAAUUCAGGCUGUAACACAACAAAAUGUGGAAUAAGUCAAGCGGUAUGAAUACUUUCUGAAGGCUCUGUAUAUCUGUUUGCAAAUAAACAUUACAACUGUCUCGGCUCUGGGAAGUCCAGACAACUGCUUGCUGAUUGCUAUUGGGCCAGGUGUGAGUGUUCUGGGAGCCUGAAACCUACCCAACCAGUCUGAAUACAGUAUUUGGGUAGCCCAUCUACCGGUGAUGACUCAUGCUAACGGUGGUGACUCAUGCUAAGUUGACGGUCUGUGAGAGGGUUUUGUGCAUACAGAAACAGUUGUGCUUUUUUAUAUAAUAGUGUAGGUUAACAGGAAGUAUAAACUGAUAUCAGGAUAUGCCUUGCUCAUAUUGAUUAUAAAAUUGUAUACAAUUUUCGAUAUUGGUUCCUGCCACUACUAUUAGUGAUCAACAAAAGUGAUCCCUCACUUGGUUUGAAACAGGGUUGUCAAACUCCAUUCCUGGAGGGCUGUGUGUCUGCGUUAUAUCCUUUCAAUCUGUCCAAUUAAGACCAAGACAACCAGGUUAGGGCAAUUCAUAACUAAUCAGUGACCUUAAGACCCAGACAUCCAGGUUAGGGCAAUUCAUAACUAAUCAGUGACCUUAAGACCCAGACAUCCAGGUUAGGGCAAUUCAUAACUAAUCAGUUAUCUUAAUUGAUCAAUCAAGUAUAAGGGAGGAGCGAAAACUUGCAGACAGACACUUGGCCGUCCAGGGUUUGAGUAUGACUUGGCCGUCCAGGGUUUGAGUUUGACUUGGCCGUCCAGGGUUUGAGUAUGACUUGGCCGUCCAGGGUUUGAGUUUGACUUGGCCGUCCAGGGUUUGAGUUUGACUUGGCCGUCCAGGAAUGAGUUGACUUGGCCGUCCAGGGUUUGAGUUUGACUUGGCCGUCCAGGGUUUGAGUUUGACUUGGCCGUCCAGGGUUUGAGUUUGACUUGGCCGUCCAGGAAUUGAGUUUAUUGGCCGUCCAGGGUGGUUGACUUGGCCGUCCAGGUUUGAGUUUGGCCGUCCAGGUUUGAGUUUGACUUGGCCGUCCAGGGUUUGAGUUUGACUUGGCCGUCCAGGGUUUGAGUAUGACUUGGCCGUCCAGGGUUUGAGUUUGACUUGGCCGUCCAGGGUUUGAGUUUGACUUGGCCGUCCAGGGUUUGAGUUUGACUUGGCCGUCCAGGGUUUGAGUUUGACUUGGCCGUCCAGGGUUUGAGUUUGACUUGGCCGUCCAGGGUUUGAGUUUGACUUGGCCGUCCAGGAAUUGAGUUUGACUUGGCCGUCCAGGGUUUGAGUUUGACUUGGCCGUCCAGGGUUUGAGUUUGACUUGGCCGUCCAGGGUUUGAGUUUGACUUGGCCGUCCAGGGUUUGAGUUUGACUUGGCCGUCCAGGGUUUGAGUUUGACUUGGCCGUCCAGGAAUUGAGUUUGACUUGGCCGUCCAGGAAUUGAGUUUGACACCCCUGGUGUAAAAGGUGCAUUCAGUUGCUGGAAGUAUGAAUAACAAUUCUGCAACACUAGAGGAUCAGACCUGGGGAAACCUUCAAUAAGAGAUCAAACUGAAAUCAUACCAGUUGCACUGCAUUUUAAUGUCGAGGAGUCAAGCUAGUUUAGCUGGAGUAUUAGUACCUCUGGCUAGGUAACGUCUGAAUAUUAGUACUCUGGCUAGGUAACAGUCUGAAUAUUAGUACCUCUGGCUAGGUAACAGUCUGAAUAUUAGUACCUCUGGCUAGGUAACAGUCUGAGUAUUAGUACCUCUGGUUAGGUAACAGUCUGAGUAUUAGUACCUCUGGCUAGGUAACAGUCUGAAUAUUAGUACCUCUGGCUAGGUAACAGUCUGAAUAUUAGUACCUCUGGCUAGGUAACAGUCUGAAUAUUAGUACCUCUGGCUAGGUAACAGUCUGAGUAUUAGUACCUCUGGCUAGGUAACAGUCUGAAUAUUAGUACCUCUGGCUAGGUAACAGUCUGAAUAUUAGUACCUCUGGCUAGGUAACAGUCUGAAUAUUAGUACCUCUGGCUAGGUAACAGUCUGAGUAUUAGUACCUCUGGCUAGGUAACAGUCUGAAUAUUAGUACCUCUGGCUAGGUAACAGUCUGAAUAUUAGUACCUCUGGCUAGGUCACCGUUAGUUAACAGAGUCAGAGCUGCCUUUUAUCUACAAUGCCUCUAGGUGCUUGGCAGAGUUCAUUUGAUCUUUGUUGACAAGGAGGGGGUGCAACAGGAUGAGUUUAUAUUCCAAUUUCCCCCAGAGGGCUGCAGAUCUCUUGAAAUUACUUUUUUCUCCUGGUAGACUGCGGCUUUGGCAGGCAGAAGUACCUGGUGAGACUGCUGACCUAUUUACCGGGGACCACCAUCGCCAAAGUGCCCAGCUCUCCACAGAUCCUCUAUGAAGCCGGCAAGAUGGCUGCCAAGAUGGACGCACUCCUGCAGGAAGUAUGAUUAUCUUAAAUUAGUCUGCCUGAGGUGCGUUCAAGUAGGCUAAUGUUUGCAAAUGUUUCUAUUUAAAGUGCAUACAGUUAGGUUGGCAACAUUUAACCUGAAGGGGGUAAGACAUUCAUAACACCCUAAUAAAAACAUUAAUAACCGUUACCUCUCGUGACAUCAAAAAUGAUUUUCACUGCAAUGUCUGGGCUUAUGGUUUGUGCAACAUUGUAGCCUAUAUAGACCUGUUGUGUGGCAGUUGCUGUGGUGAGAGAGAGAAGCGCACCUGGAGGCCUGUGUGUAGCCCAAUCACAAUUGAUAUCCUACGGUCGGGAACUUUCGGCAAAUCUGUCAGUGAACAGAAUGCAGACAAAACAAGCCUUUUGCAAUAUUUCAAAUACAAUCGCGGGAAAAAACUGGUUGGAAAGCAAAUGGCUCCUGCUGAAACGAGAAGAGUAAUCUGUUUGUAGGAUACCAAAAUAUAUUGUAUCAAUUUCCAAAUAGGCCUAUUGUGUGAACAGCGUUGUUUUACAAAGUAAAACAAGAGAGAUAUGCUUUUUGGCACGAGAGCAUCGGUCAUCGCUGGAGCUGCGCAUAAAUGAGUCAGUGAGUGAAACUGGAAAGCUUUUUUAGGACUAUAAUUUCCUCCUUAUGUUGUACAGUAUGUGUGUCUCCACAGACAUAGGCUAUUGAUGGAUUCAAGACAAGGUCGUUUUUAUUGAUCCCAGAAUCUCACUUUGUCAGUAGCCUGUCAUUUCGAUCAUUUGUGCAGUGUUAAAAAAAGAUUCUGCUAGUCUCCACUCAUGUACAUAAAUGUAAUGUAAAAUGAUGCAUGAAAUGUUUUUUAAAAAGGCCACAUUUUUUUCAGACCCUAGUCUACUAAAAAUGUUCGCAAUGUGUGCAUCUUCUAUAACUACCUCUACUCUACUGCUCUAUGCCACGACGCAAAUGCGAUGAUAUGCAUGUAAUGCUUUAUUAUAAAGGUGAUUUUCUUUUUCAUGCAUUCCGGUACCUCAGAGCCCGCCAGGUCACCCCUCCCCCUUUUGCAAUCACUUUUUGCUCCCACCUCCCGAUUUACAAAUUAAGCACUGCAUAACCCCCUUUAUGAGUAUUGUAGUAUCAUUCAUAACAACCUUUAUAACACAUUUAUUCAAUAUCAUUCAUGAGGAAAUAAAAUACCCUUUUCUCAUUACAGAACUACUUGAAGGGGGUAUACAAAAGGUAUUAAUAUGAAACCAUUCAUAAUAUCUUUAUGAGUGUCGCAGUAUCAUUCAUUCAGUAUCAUAUUCCCUCUUCAAGUAAAGAAUGAAGCCAGUAAAGUGUUACCUUUAUGUUUGUUAGGUUUGGCUCCGGGCAAACAAAAGUAGCAGCGUUGUAAGACGUUGAAAAACCAUCACAAUACAUAUUAUUCUAGGAGGCUGAUUCUUAUUCUGUAUUAGCGAAGCAAUUUCCCGCAUAUAGAGAGCAUGAAAAUAGGUUCAGUAGAUUGAAAUAGUUACAAUGGGUUGAAAUAUGCAUUGAACAUACAGUAGAAGUGUAAUACCGGAGACACUUUUAUGCUUGAUUGUUUCAGUCUUGUUCGCUUUGAAUGUAUGUGAGUUUUGAACGCACCUCUAAAUGUGGAGCUAACAAAAUAUAGCGAUUUUCUCAGAUUUUCCCUUGCAUGCUCUAUGACCCGUCUGCUACGCGUGAUCAUAUGAUUUCAAUAACUUUUAAUUUAAAUAAUGAGUGAUUUGGCUAACAGAUAUUUCAGCAGCAAAAACGUAAUACAUCAUUUGCUUAUAGCUGUACAACGGUAUGUUUUUAUUGUUGAAGUGUCUAUUCACUGAUCACCAGUAGUUAACUCAGUUCCUGGCUGAUGACAUUAGUAUGUGUUCACAGAUGGAGCAUCCUCAACUCCAGGUACUACAGAGGGAGAAGUUCAUCUGGAGUCUGUCCAACAUCCCUCUUCUGGAGCCAUACGUCCCUCUGAUGGAUGGGGAUCCUGUGCAGCAGGUGAUCAAGUCAGUCAUCCAGCAAUACAAGACUUGUGUACAGCCCAAACUCGGCUCCUUCCGCAAGUGUGAGUGUCUCCCUUCACCAUCUGUUCUGUCGGGGCUCUCUUUAAUAGACCUGGUUCAAUUGGAAGAAAAUGGACUGGAACAGGGAAGGACUACGUGGACUAGUUAAUCAACAAAAGCUAAUUUUAGCUUUCCGUUGUGAAAUAUUUUUAAACGUUUUCCGUUGCAUGCCACAAUGAACAUGACCCUUUUAUUAACAAUGCAACAUGGAACCAGUCUGUUGUAAUGAUUGACAGGUCAGAUGCUGAUACAGGUGGAGAAUGUAAAAGUUUAUAACUGAGCGGUGAAAGCAGAACUGGGGUCAAAUAGUAUUGGUUUUCUUUCAAAUACUUUCACUGGGCAUGAUUGCGCUUACUCAAUGGACCAAUGGAAUAGGCCCAAAAGUGCAAACCACACCCAUCUGGUACUCCAGGUAGACUCAAGCAAACGCUCAAAACAUUUGAACUAUUAUACUUUUUUAUUUGAGCACACGUCUGGUACUAUUGCGCAUGCAUAUCUGAUAUGUCAGUAAACGUGCAUUUGUCUUUACGUAGGUAUCAACCACGGGGACUUUAAUGACCACAACAUCUUGGUGCAACCAGACGAUUCAGCCACCUACAAAAUCUCUGGCAUCCUGGACUUUGGGGACAUGAGCAGCGGCUACUAUGUGUACGAGCUGGCCAUCGCCAUCAUGUACAUGAUGAUCGAGAACCCCAUGCCUCUGGAUGUGGGAAGAGCCGUGCUGGCUGGCUGGGAGAGUGUUCUUCCCCUCAACGAGGCCGAGAGGGACGCCCUCUACCUGCUGGUGCUCUGUCGCUUCUGCCAGUCCCUGGUUCUGGCUCGCCACGCUGUGGCCCAGCAGCCGGAGAACGAGGAUUACCUCAUGAUCACCGCCAAGACGGGCAUCCGCCAUCUUUUCCGGCUAUGGGAACUGGGCAAGGAGGAGGUGGAGAGGAGGUGGUUUCAGAGUGCCGCCCAGUAUCCUGGCAAAGAGUGACCCAAUGGUCUUCAGGGAGCACCUUCUUUUUAUAGGCUGCGUUCCGAUUCUUUACCCGUCUCACGAAGUGGUGUGGACGUUCCCUGUCAGGGAUUUAAUAAUGGUGGAAAACCCCUCCAGCCAAUGCUUACACCAAU